AUGGGAAGCAAUACUGCAGACCAAGCUCCUAGGCCAUCUCAGAGCUUCAGCGGACCUGGACGCAUUGAUGUCCAUCACCACUGCUUUCCCGGAGAAAUUCAGGAGCUGCAAUCAGAAUUCGAGAACAAUUCAUACAACCUGAACUACACUCCAUUUCCCAAGAGCGCCGAAGAGCACUUGGUGUACAUGGAUGAAGUCGGUAUCCAAACGGCAGUGAUAGCCCCAUCGAUCAAGCAAGAAUGGCACAGCACUUUCUCACCUGCGGAGUUUGCAUCCCUGUGCCGACGCUCCCUUCAAUCACAGAUGAAAUAUGUGUCCCAUAAUCCGUUACGAUUCGGCUGCUUCGCUAUGCUUCCUCUACCUCACAUCCAUGAGACCAUCGAAUUUGUGCGUGAGACGCAAGCCAUGUCUCCUCGACCUGACGGCUUUGCGGUCACCACUGCCAUGGGACAGCGAUACCUGGGCGAUAAAGAUUUCGAACCAGUAUGGAAAGAACUUGACGCGCUCGGAUCGGUGAUAUUCAUCCACCCAGCAGACACGAUCAUGCCACCUGGCCUCAACUUCGGGCCUUUCGUUCAAGAAUUUCCCUUCGACACCUGCCGUGCCAUUACGAGCAUUAUCAGCUCGGGCACCCUUCUGCGCACGCCCAACAUUCACUUCAUUUUCUCGCACAAUGGAGGCGCAUUUCCAUACCUGGCAGACCGCAUCGGCAAGCAGCACACCGACAACAUUGUCGUGAAAGCCAACGAAGGACUGUCGACAAGAGAGCUGCUGAGUACGAAGAAGAUCUACUUCGACACGAGCAUUUCGUCUCCGAUGCAGUACGCACUGAUCAAGAACCUGGGAAUGUCUACCGAUCAGCUGCUAUAUGCGACGGACUUUCCAUACACCAAACGAUACGACAAUACCACAUAUCUAGACGGAUACGACGCUCCUAAGGAAUCUGGGCUGUUUGAUAACAAAGAUAUGGAAAAGAUCGUCAGGCUGAAUGCGUUGAAACUGCUACCUCGACUCGCGAAGCUGUAUUCAGAAUUUUGGCCGUAA